AUGUCACUGACGAUAUCAAAGGAAAAUCUUCAAAAAUUCAAAGCUGUAAAAUCCUUCAAAGUACAAGAGAAGGAAUUAACACCAAUCACAUCAAUUGGUUUCGAUGAUUAUGGUCAAUAUUUAUUAACUGCAUCUGCCAACGAUAACAUGCAUUUGUAUGAUUCUGUAAGUUGUAGAUUCAUAAAUACAAUUGCCUCCAAGAAAUAUGGUUGUCAUUCAGCAAAAUUUACACACGCUCAAAAUGAAUGUAUUUAUUCAUCAACUAUGAAAUCAUUUGAUAUUAGACAUUUGAACCUAGAGACAAACCAAUACCUUAGAUAUUUUAUGGGUCAUGAUGCAUUAGUUAGUGAUAUUCAAAUGUCUCCAUUAAAUGAUACUUUCUUAUCUGCAUCUUACGAUGAAUCUGUAAGAUUAUGGGAUUUAAGAGUCUCGAAAGCUCAAGCACUUAUACCAACUGUUGUCCCAGUUUGUAUUGCAUAUGAUCCAAGUGGAUUAGUUUUCGCAUUGGGUAAUCCAGAAUCUUUUGAAAUUGGUCUUUAUAAUGUGAAACAAUUGAAAAAUGGUCCAUUCUUAAUAAUAAAAAUUCAACAACAAACAGAAACAACAACAACAACAACAAACAAUAGUAAGAAAUUUGAUCAAUGGAACAAAUUGGAAUUUUCGAAUAAUGGGAAAUAUUUAUUAGUAAGUUCAUCAAUGGGGAAACAAUUAAUAUUCGAUGCAUUUGAUGGAUCACAAUUAUUUGAAUUAACAGGAACAAAACCUUUCCCAUUAAGAGAAUUUAUGGAUUCAGGUUCAGCUUGUUUCACACCUGAUGGUGAUUUUGUAUUGGGAACUGAUUACGAGGGGAAAAUUGCAUUAUGGAAUUUAAGUGAUCAAAUAAGUAACAAGACAUUAAAACCACAGACUACUAUACAAGCCGUACCUACUUCAUCUCCAAGAACCAUUGCAUUUAAUCCAAAAUAUUCAAUGUUUGUCACUGCAGAUGAAUGUGUUGAUUUCUAUGUUUACGACGAGAAUUGA